AAAAAAAAAAUCAUUCUCCAUGCCAACGUUUUGGGGUUUAUUAGAGAGGAGAGGAUGACUCGAAUUGAACAGCAGUAACACGGAAGAUGGUAGUUAUUAGCUUAGAAUUCAACGGGAACUUCACUGCCUCUGCUUUGCAUUAUGGUGCCACUUCUUUCUCUUUCUCUUCCUCUUCCUAUCCACUUCUUUCUCGUUCUCGAAACCUCAAUUUUAACCCAGUUAUGGUUUCCAUGAAAAAUAACGAGCCUCUUCAUAAUGAAUUGGAAUUUAAACCAUCAUUUGAUCAAUAUUUGAAGGCUAUGGAAUCUGUUAGAAACAACACACUAGUCAAAAAGGGUCUUCAUAACGAGUUUCAAGAUGAUGAAGUAUCCUCCUCCAAAGGAAAACAGAAUAAAGGGUUUAGGAAUGAAAGGAAGCAGAAAUCUGAUGGUUCGAAGCGCCGGAGUCGUAGUUUAGACUCAAAAUCUGAUGAGGUUAGUAGUAUUAGAGAAAAAGAUAACAUAAUUAAGUCGAAUUUGAACGGUGGCCGAGGUGGGAGUGUUGUUGAGAGAGGAGUUACUUAUGAUUUAGAACAACAAGUUGUUAGUAGUAUUAGAGAAAGAAAUAACAGCAGAAAGGGUGGUAAAACCCUUGGUGGUGGUGAUAAUUUUGUAGAUAGAAAAAAACCUAUGGAUAGAGGGCCUGGUAAAAGAUAUAGUGAAAUUGAGAGUAUGACGAAUAGAAAUGGACGGAGGAAUGUCAAGUCGAAUGGAACCAGUAAGCGUUUUCUUAAUAGGGGUUAUGAUUCUGAUGAUUUGGUGGUUGAACGAGCAGCAUUCAAGAAUCUUGAGGAUCCUAACAAUGUUAUCAGUAAGGCACACUUUUCGCAUAAAGAAAUGGAGGAGAGAAUCCAGAAGCUAGCUAAACAGUUGAAUGGUGUGGAUAUCAAUUUACCUGAAUGGAUGUUUUCUAAGAUGAUCAGAAGUGCAAAGCUCAAAUUUAAUGACUAUUCCAUAAGAAGGCUUAUCACAAUCUUAGGUAAUCUAGGAAACUGGCAGCGAGUGAUACAAGUCAUUGAAUGGCUUCAAACACGUGAGCGUUUUCAAUCCCAUAAGCCAAGGCAUGUAUAUAAUGCUGCACUUGACGCACUUGGGAAGUUGAGGAGACCUGUGGAAGCAUUGAAUAUAUUUCAUGCAAUGCAGCAACAAAUGUCGACAUAUCCUGACUUAGUAGCUUAUCAUAGUAUUGCUGUUACUCUUGGACAAGCAGGGCACAUGAAGCAACUCUUUGAUGUGAUAGAUAUCAUGCAAUCUCCACCAAAGAAGAAGUUCAAUAAAGGGAUAUUCGAGAAUUGGGACCCAAGGCUGGAACCUGAUAUCGUAGUUUAUAAUGCAGUCCUUAAUGCAUGUGUUAAGGGGAAACAGUGGGAAGGAGCAUUUUGGGUUUUACAGCAGUUAAAGAAGCAGAACAUACAACCUUCUGCCGCGACAUAUGGUCUAGUUAUGGAGGUGAUGUUUUCAUGUGGCAAGUACAACUUGGUUCAUGAUUUUUUUAGAAAACUUCAGAAAUCUUCUAUUCCUAAUCCAUUGACAUAUAGAGUUCUCGUGAAUACAUUUUGGAAAGAGGGAAAAAUUGACGAGGCUGUCUCGGCUGUCCAUGAAAUGGAAAGACGUGGAAUUGUUGGUUCUGCUUCACUUUAUUAUGAUCUAGCUCGAUGCCUCUGUGCAGCUGGACGAAGUUGCGAGGCACUGAUGCAGAUAGACAAGAUAUGUAAGGUUGCAAAUAAACCACUGGUGGUGACCUACACUGGCUUGAUGCAAGCAAGUCUAGACUCUGGAAACAUUCAAGACGGAUCUUACAUUUUUGAGAAAAUGAAGGACAUUUGUGCUCCGAAUCUGGUUACUUACAACAUAAUGCUGAAAGCAUACGUUGAUCAUGGGAUGUUUCGAGAAGCUAAAGAGUUAUUUGAGCAAAUGUUAGAAAACACAAAUCAUCUGAGUAGAAAUGAUGAUUACAAAAUGCGAGUGAUACCAGAUAUAUACACAUUUAAUACCAUGUUAGAUGCAUGUGCUGCAGAAAAAAGAUGGGAUUAUUUUGACCAUGUUUACCAGAGGAUGCUGUACCAUGGUUAUCACUUCAAUCCAAAACGACAUCUUCGAAUGAUACUGGAGGCUUCAAGAGCUGGAAAGGAAGAGCCAUUGGAGAUAACAUGGAACCACUUGGCCGCUACAGAUCGAAUUCCACCAGUUUCUCUAAUCAAGGAGAGGUUCUGUACAAAGCUUGAGAAGGAUGAUUAUAUUAUUGCCCUCCAAUGCAUCACAAAUAGCACACCAAAAGAUUUGCAUCCAUUUUCAAAGUCGUCAUGGUUGAAUCUAUUCAAAGAAAAUUCUCAACGGUUUCAGAAGGAUACAGUUGUCAGGCUUAUGAAUGCAGCCAGUAAUAUAAUUUCCAAUAUUAGUGUGCCAAAUCCAGCACUUGUUUGUUUAAUUCAAUCAUGCAAAGAUUUUUGUUUUGCCACUGAUCUCAGUGCAGCUGACAUGGAUUCAGCAAACAAUGUAUUUGCAUUAGAAAGCAAACAGGAAGUAAACCAAUACUAGGUGAACAUUCGUAUCUUAAAUUUUGUAAUAUAAAUUCAUCCAAGAAUGUAAUGAAAGCGUUUUAUUAAAUGCA